CAGACUCAUUGAUGUAGCAAAGCAUGCUUUCAUGGACUGUCCACGCUGGACUCGUUUCUCAGUUUCGAGAUGGAUUGUAUAGAAGAACCUCAGAAAAAAAUCUUCAAGGCUCGGAAAACAAUGAGAGUGAGCGACCGGCACCAGCUGGAGGCGGUAUACAGGGUGAGGGGCGAGUUGUUGAAGACUGAUGCCAAGCUCGUCAACGGCAACCACGAGAACGGAGACCUGGACCCGUGCUCCCCGCUGGAAGGCGCAGACUACAUGAAAGAAGAUGAGGACAUGAACGGCAUUGAUGGGGUUUGCUUUGACCCUGAAGACAGUAAGACAGAGUGGGAGGAAGCGCCCGGCAGCCUCACUGUGAAAGUAAAAACUAAGCAGGGUGACACCGCAAAUGGUGAGCCUUUAUCUUCCGACUGUGUCACUUCAGAGGCAGCUCCUGAGCUGAACCCUGGGCCGGCCUCUGGCGAGCCGGCCUCUGGCGAGCCGGCCUCUAGUGAGCCGGCCUCUGGUGAGCCGGCCUCUAGUGAGCCGGCCUCUGGUGAUCAGGCUUCUAGUGAUCUGGCCUCUGAUGAUCAGGCCUCUGAUGAUCAGGCCUCCGGUGAUCAGGCCUCCGGUGAUCAGGCCUCCGGUGAUCCGGCCUCCAGUGAGCCGGCCUCCAGUGAGCUGGCCUCCAGUGAGCUGGCCUCCAGUGAGCCGGCCUCCAGUGAGCCGGCCUCCAGUGAGCCGGCCUCCAGUGAGUUGGCCUCCAGUGAGCUGGCCUCUAAUGAGCCGGCCUCUAAUGAGCCGGCCUCUACUGAGCUGGCCUCCAGUGAGCCGGCCACUGGAAAGGCCGCCUCUGGAGUUGUGGCCCCUGGUCAUUCUGAAGGUGUUGAUUCCAAUCCUGGUGAUGUCCCCUGUGCCGGUGCCCCACCCCACAGCCCCGCAUCUGUGGACCACACCACACCCCGUGACCCUACUUGUGAAGAAGCCGCCACCGGUGACCUCGCCGCUGGCGACUCCACUGCUAGUGAGCUUUUUUCGGACAAGCCGGUUUCUGCUGAAGAGGCCUCUGCCGAAGCAGCCCCUGGUGCCACCGGUGCCGCUGCUCCCGGGGGCCUGCCCGCUGCUGGCCUGUCUUCCGGUGAUGACCUCCCCGCCGGUGAUCCUGGCUGCAGCGCACGGGACUCGGAUGACCCGGCCUCCUCCAAGCUGGCUCCGGCCCAGCCAGCCUCUGGUGAACCUGCCGCUGGGGCACUGACUGGCGAGUCAACCCCUGAGCCCGCCUUGAAACCUACUUCCGGAUCCGGUGGUGAGCCAGUGCCUGAAACUGACCAUCCGGAGCAGAGCAGCAGUAGAGACGGUGCGUCCCUGGUGAGCAGCGAGGACGGUGGCAGCGCUGACCGGAGCCCGCGCGGGGAUGCCCUCGAGGAAGAGAGCAGCGCCGAGACCAGUGCUGCCAGUCCGAAGGAAGGGCGAGAAACAGACGGUGCGACGGCGUGUUCAGAUCUACCUCCCGAAAACGAGCAGAAAGCCAGUGAAGACCCUGCCGCCGCCGCUGAGGGGGACGAGGGGGACGAGGCCAUCUCCAGCAGCGUGCAGAUGGACGGAGCGGACAAGGAUGAGGACGAGGAGGAGAGUGCCGCCCGCCUCCUCCAGGCCGCCAGGGACGAGACCGCCGCCAGAGACAGCGGCGAGGAGAGUUUAGAACACACGGACUCCAUGGAGACAGACGAGAUCAUUCCCAUUUUGGAAAAACUGGCACCUUCCGAAGACGAGCUCACUUGCUUCUCCAAGAGUUCCCUCCUUCCAAUGGAAGAGGCAAGUCUAGAUCUGGAAGAGAAAAUGGAAGGCUCUUUUGGCUCACCUUCGAAGCAAGAGAGCAAUGAGAGUUUGCCGAAGGAAGCCUUCCUGGUCCUCUCGGAUGAGGAGGACAUCUCGUGUGAGAAGGACGAGUCCGAGGCCAUGCCCCAGCUCCCCGCGUGCUCCCCAGCAGAAGUAGAAACAACUGAGAAGGACAGCAAACCUGAGGAGGAAGAGCCAGUCAUAGAGGAAGAGGAGGAGAGGCCUUCUGAGAAAAGUGAGUGUUCAAGAAGAAAACGUUCUAAAUCAGAGGACAUAGACAAUGUACAGUCCAAACGUCGAAGGUACUUAGAGGACGAAUACGAGGCAGAGCUUCAAGUAAAGAUUACUGCCAAAGGAGACAUUCAUCAAAAGCUUCAAAAGGUUGUGCAGUGGUUACUGGAAGAAAAGUUGUGUGCGCUGCAGUGUGCUGUGUUUGACAAGACUCUGGCGGAGCUGAAAACGCGAGUGGAGAAGAUCGAGUGUAACAAAAGGCACAAGACCGUCCUUACCGAGCUGCAGGCCAAGGUAGCCAGGUUAACCAAACGCUUUGGAGCAGCCAAAGAAGACCUUAAGAAAAGACAAGAGAGCCCACCAAACCCACCCGUGUCCCCAGGAAAGCCCGUGAAUGACAUCAACAGCAAUAACAACAUGGUGUACAGAACUGCAGGCACAGUGAGGCAGAUGCUGGAGUCCAAAAGAAAUGUAAGCGAGAAUGCGCCGCCAUCGUUCCAGACCCCUGUGAACACAGUGUCCUCAUCCAGUCUGGUUGCCCCGGCGGCAGUGGUCAGUAGCCAGCCCAAGCUGCCCACGCCGGCCACCUCGGGCUCACUCACGGCCGCGCCGCUUGUCCCCGCACCCAGCACGGCCACUGUGGUGGCCACUUCUCAGGUGCCCAGUGGCAACCCGCAGCCCACCAUCUCCCUCCAGUCCUUGCCGGUGAUCCUGCACGUGCCGGUGGCCGUGCCCUCCCAGCCUCAGCUCCUCCAGAGCCACCCGGGCACAAUCGUGACCAACCAGCCGUCGGGCAGUGUGGAGUUCAUCUCCGUGCAGAGCCCACCCGCCGUGAGCGGGUUGACCAAAAACCCUGUCUCCCUGCCGCCCCUGCCCAACCCCGCCAAGCCGGGCGGCGCCCCUCCCGUGCCCAGCCCCGGCAUGCAGAGGAGCGCCACGCUGGCUGUGCAGGCUGUGCCCACGGCCCACUCCAUCGUCCAGGCCACCCGCACGUCCCUGCCUCCUGUGGGCCCAUCGGGCCUCUACAGCUCCUCCAGCCCCCGGGGCCCCAUCCAGAUGAAGAUCCCCAUCUCUGCCUUCAGCACCUCGUCCCCUGCUGAGCACAGCAGCCCUGCCGCGCCCAGACCCGAAAACCAGGCAAACAAAACAGUAGAUGCUGCUAUUAAUAAGAAAGCGGCCGAUAGCACGUCACAGAGUGGGAAGGCCCCUGGCAGCGACUCGGGCGGAGUCAUCGAUCUCACGAUGGAUGAGGAGGAGGGCGCGGGCGCGGCUUCCCAAGACCACAAGAAGCUGCACCACACGCCCGUCCCGGCCAUGACGUCACCCCAGCCCCUGCCUCGCCCCCUGCAGCCCAUCCAGCCUGCGCCACCACCGCCGCCACCGCCAUCUGGGGUGCCCACGAGUGGCCCGUCCCAAACCACCAUCCACCUGCUGCCUCCAGCUCCAACCACCGUGAAUGUAACGCAUCGUCCCGUAACUCAGGUGACCACGAGACUCCCCGUCCCCCGGGCUCCGGCCAACCAUCAGGUAGUCUACACGGCCCUGCCCGCACCGCCCGCCCAGGCGCCUCUGCGGGGAGCAGCUGUGCCCGCGCCCGCCGUGCGUCAGCUCAACCCCCCAAACAGUGUUACAGUUCGAGUGCCUCAAGCAACCACCUAUGUGGUGAACAACGGACUCACACUGGGCUCGGCCGGACCUCAGCUCACAGUGCACCACCGCCCUCCGCAAGUGCACACGGAGGCUCCCCGACCCGUGCACCCUGCGCCCCUGCCCGAGGCCCCCCAGCCGCAGCGCCUGCCCCCCGAGGCCGCGGGCACGUCCCUGCCACAGAAGCCGCACCUGAAGCUGGCGCGCGUGCAGAGCCAGAACGGCAUUGUGCUGUCGUGGAGCGUGCUGGAGGUGGACCGCGCAUGCGCCGCCGUGGACAGCUACCACCUGUACGCCUACCACGAGGAGCCCAGUGCCACGGCGCCCUCGCAGUGGAAGAAGAUCGGCGAGGUGAAGGCCCUCCCGCUGCCCAUGGCCUGCACCCUCACGCAGUUCGUGUCCGGCAGCAAGUACUACUUUGCCGUGCGGGCCAAGGAUGUGUUUGGCCGCUUCGGGCCCUUCUGCGACCCCCAGUCCACGGACGUGAUCGCGUCCACGCAGAACAGCUAAGCCCGGGGCCCGCCCGCCCCGGGCGCCACCCUUCCGUCUGUGCACACCACGCGCGCAUGCGGGACCGCUCCGGACACCGCCGCCUGCACGCACACUCAUGUGCGCACACUACACGGUGCACGGCCCGUGCGCAGUGCACGCGGCCCCAACGACAAGGCAUGGGUCAGGGUGCGACGUGUAAAUACGCACCUCGCGGAAGCGCGGGUGCUGGUGUGGGGUUUGGGGUUGUUUUUGGUUUUUGUUUUUUUUUUCCUAUUUCUGUGUCUGUUGCCAUCUUCACCCUCCGGUCCCCUCCUCUUCAGCUGGAAGGAAGGAGAGGAUGGGCUGGGGUGCGUGGCGCACCUUCUGCCCCCCCAGAUGCCCGCGUGAGCAAGUUCACACACGUGACGAAUCCCAAAGAAAUAGACAGCACCGCGACUGGCUCCACGUAGCUUCCCUUCCACGCAGAAGACCCUUCCACGCAUCUUCAUCUCCUCUCCUGCGUGGCCGCGCCGCCACUCCUUCCUGAUUUGGCUCCACAUUUGUUUUGUGCCUUAAAAGUUAACUCCAGAAAGAAACACGCCCGCCCCGGGGGCUCCGUGCAUCUCCUCCACCCGUCAGUGCACACACGUACCUGGCCUGUGUGUGCAUGCAUGUGUGUCCG